GUUUCGACGCAUGGCUGUUAUAUUUGCGACGUCAUCACUAGGCGCCUCUGCCCCACAUGUUAGCAUGCUAAAGCUUGGACCUCACCGCUAAGUAUGGGCAGCUUGUGGUCGGAGGGCCACUCCUCUUCCAUCCUCUGUGUUGAUUGGUCUCCGAGUCCAACGGGUUUGGUUGCCUCAGGUGCAGAGGGUGGAGAGUUGACGGUUUGGACUCAUGAAGGCGUCAUCCUCGGCCGUCUCGUUCUGCCUGGACAGGAGGACGUUACCAGUGCCACGUUCUCACCUGCUGGCUCUGCCCACCUGUAUGUAUCGCAUGGGGACACAGUGAGCGUGUUCGACCCCAGGAACCUGAAGGUUCCAGUGGAGGAUUUUCAGAGUGCAGGAGAGGAGGAGAUCAAUGCGUUGGCUCUGAAUGAGACCGGUUCGUCUUUGGCUGUGGCUGAUGACUCUGGGGCAGUGAGGAUACUUGAGAUUCCAGGUGGGAAAGUAUGUCGGAGUCUGCGUAGACACACUAACAUCUGCUCCUCCGUGGCUUUCCGACCUCAAAGACCCAAUAACCUUGUUUCUGUUGGACUGGACAUGCAGGUGAUUCUAUGGGGGCUUCAGAAGACCCGCCCACUUUGGACCCUCAACCUCCAGGAUAUGGCAGAAGAAGAAGACGACCAUCAGCAGCAGCGUCCAGGUCAGCUUUUCAACCCUCCUCUCGCUCACUGUGUUUCCGUGUCGAGCUGCGGGAACAUUUUGGGCUGCGCUGCGGAGGACGGCCGCGUCCAUCUGAUGCGGAUUGGCAGUGGCUCUAAACUCAAACAGCAGGGGGCGGUAAAGGCACACACUCAGGGGGCCUCACAGGCACAUUUUAUUCCUUUUUUGUCCCACCCUUACUGGAUGGUGACAGGGGGAAACGAUGGCCGUGUGGCCCUGUGGGACCUCAGUAAGCACCCGGUGGUGGCUCCAGAGGGGAAAGCACAGGCGGCAGCACCUCAGAGGCGGAAAGGAAAGAGCGGCGGACGGAGAAGAGAGCAGGCUCUGGAUAAAUCCAAGCCAAAGGAGAAAUCAGAGAAGACGGAGGCUGAGGAAGACGAUGCUGCAGCUGAGAAGCAACAGGAGGAGCAAAAGUCUGGACCCAAACUAAGCAUCAGUCAUGGGGACAAAGUAAACUGGCUGUGCCCUGCUGUGCUGAAAGGAGAACCCAGUGUAAUAGUUGCUGAUCAGAGCACCAAUCUAACCGCCUACCCUCUCUCUCAUCUUUAAAGUCAAACAUUUCACUUCUUUUUUUUUUUUUAGUUUGACUUCCAAGGGUUUUUGGGUUGAGGACUGGUCUGCUCUGCUUUAUUAAAACUGUAUAAAACAAACCCAACAUUUUUAUGUCUCUAAAUAAUAUUUAACAUUAUGCAUAACACUUUUAUGCAUGUGUGGGCUUGUAGAAAAUGUUCUCCUUUCAAAUAAACUUAUAGUUUGCCAUAAA